AUGAGAAUCAAAACAUUAAAAUCAAAUCAUCCUCAUCUUGCAACUAGUUACAUUAGUAUUGGAUGCGAUUAUUUUAAUAAAGAUGAUUAUCAACAAACACUUGAAUUGUAUAAUACAGCUUUCGAUACUAUUAAAAAAACAUUUGAUGAAAGUUAUUCUGAUGUCGCUAUAUGUUUAAAUGAUAUAGGUUGUUUAUAUAAGCGACAAGAAAAUUAUUCCAAAGCACUUGAAUUUCAUCAACAAGCAUUGAAUAUUUGUUUAGAUUAUUUACUUGAACAUCAUCCUGAUGUCGGUCAAUCACAUUGUAAUAUUAGUAAUAUAUAUCAUUGUCAAGGCUAA